AUGUCUGAUGAAAAAAGACACAACUCCAACGAUGAACAACUUGCUGAGCAGUUGAGAAGAGAUGAAGAAAUUCUGUAUGAAGAAACUAACAAACAAAAUGAAGAGAUUGAAGCUGAAGUUAAACAAACACAACCGCUUGUUUCCAAAAAAGAACCUGUUGAAACUCUUGUUGAGUUGUACAAUGCUAAAGAAAGUGCAGAAUACUUCCAGAAAGCGAAGGAACUUUCUCUGACUUAUGAAAGUUUACGACGCACACGUCAUGACGGAAAUUGUUUUUACCGAUCAGUUUUAUUCGCUCAGCUGGAAAGUAUCUUGAAAGACGUCGAUGAACGAACAAGGUUCACAAAUGUUUGCAAGGGAUGGCGGAGUAGGUUGCUGAAGCUGGGGUUUCCUGAAUUUACAACAAACGACUUCUGUGACUGGUUUGAUGAGUUGCUCGACAGCAUAAACCAGGGUAAAGUUAAUGAAGAAACCUUAUUCGCUACGCUGAAUGAUGAUGGAGCAUCCAACUACUACGUUAUUUUUUUUAGGCUUAUAACUUCCGGUUAUUUACGGGAACACAGUGUUGAGUUUGAAGGUUUUGUUGAGGGCGGCCGCACUGUGGAACAGUUUUGUAGGGAAGAGAUUGAGCCUAUGUGGAAAGACUGUGAUCACUUAGCUGUUACCUCACUCACAAGUGCUAUAGAGGUGUCUAUUCGCAUUGAGUAUAUGAAUCGUUCUGCAGCUCCUGAGGGAGGGUAUCAUCACGAUUUUAUUUUCCAUGAGAGGCCUCCACGAUUGUAUUUUUUAUACCGUCCUGGCCAUUAUGAUAUUCUGUAUAUUCGUGACAAAAGCUGA